AUGUUCCAGGCGCAGCAGAGGACGCCUGAGAAGCCGCACCAGUGUGACCAGUGUCCAACAGCCUUCACCAGAAACCACGACCUCAAGAGGCACAAGAGGAUACACUGGGCGGUGAAGCCAUAUCCGUGCGAUGGCUGUGAUAAGGCUUUCUCAAGGAAAGAUGCGUUGAAGGUGCGUUCUCUUUCAUACUCUCUUCUUAUUCCGGUUCUCUCUUCUCACCUUUUGCCUUUUGGGCAUGUCUUGUUCUCACAUGCUGACCAACUGGUUUUAGAGGCACAAGCUGGUAAAGUGUUGCGGCGAAAAGGAUGA